GCUCUUCAUCGUCGCCGCCAGCUUCCUCUGCAAUGGCAUCAUCUUCGGGGUCAUCAACUCCUACAGCGUCUUCUACGUGCAGCUGCUCGCCAAGCUGGAGCGCAACGGAGUCUCCGAGGCGUCUUCCAAGGCCUCCCUCGUUGGUGCCCUGGCCAUGGGAACAACUUUCAUCCUCUCUCCUGUUGCGGGCGUCCUCACCGACCGCUUUGGAAUCCGCCUGACAACGUUCGUUGGCGGCGCGCUGGCCUCGGGUGGAAUGUUCCUCUCCUCUUUGGUGGAACCAAUAGAACUUCUCUGUUUCACAUAUGGAAUCAUGUUUGGAACAGGAGCCUCCCUGGUCUACACUCCUUCCCUUGUAAUUCUGGGCCAUUACUUCAAGAAAUACAUGGGCAUUGUGAAUGGAUUUGUAACUGCUGGGAGCUCUGUAUUCACUAUAGUGAUGCCUUUUGUUAUCGAAGGCCUGCUGACUGCCGUGUCAAUGGAGUCGUGUAUGCAGUUUCUUGCUGGUCUAAUGGCGCUCAUGAUGCUAUGCGCAGUGCUGUUUAAGCCAGUCAAACCAGCCAGUGAUGCGUCUAACAACGUAAAAACUGGUUUCAAAUCACUGCUGAAUGUGGACAUAUGGAAGAAAAAGAAGUAUGUUAUUUGGGCAAUUGCUGUUCCUUCAGCGCUUUUUGGGUACUUUGUUCCCUACAUACACAUGCUGAAAUUUGUGCAAGACUCUUUCCCUCAAGAAGAUGGAAAGCUCUUGAUAAUGUGUCUUGGAGCUACUUCUGGAUUAGGCAGAUUAAUUUUUGGAAAGAUUGCAGACAUUCCAAAAGUCAAUCGAAUAUUUCUACAACAAAUAUCGUUUGUAGCAAUUGGCUGCCUUACCAUGCUACUGCCAAUAGUAAACAAGUUUGGCAUUCUCGUGGUAAUAGCGUUGUGCAUGGGACUGUUCGACGGGUGUUUCAUCAGUCUUCUUGGUCCAAUAGCUUUUGAAAUAUGUGGUCACAAAGGAGCUCCACAAGCAAUUGGCUUCUUACUUGGAAUGUGCUCAGUGCCAUUAACAGUGGGGCCACCAGUCGCAGGUAUUAUAUACGACCACACCAAAUCGUACACAAUACCUUUCCUGCUGGCUGGAGUGCCCCCAAUUGUCGGAGGAAUCGCGCUGUACUUGGUACAGUGCGUUACAGACGACGAUGAUGAAGACAGAGCUAUGAGCGAAGCCAAGUCUCUACAAGUAAUAGACACUCCCGCUGCAGUCGAAGACAAUAAGCUGGGAGUUAUAACUAACUGUAAUUCACCGAGCCAUCCAUUAACACUCGAAAAUGGAACAGUUGACAAACAUAUAAGUACUGGAAAUGACUGUGCUGAUGAUGAUGUACUUGGGGAACUACCACACAUAACCGAGGCAGAAUCUCUUCUUGAGGAAGUGAACAGAGCAAUGAAUGGAAAAGUUGGAGUUUGACAGUGUUCUAUGUAAUGAAAUGUAAUUUUGUCUCUAAAGACUAAAAAUAAUCUACAGGGACUGAUGUACAAUUUUUACAGUGGUUUCCAACAUACAUUUUACAAUAAAAGAAAUAUUAACUACAAAUACAAUUUGUAACUUUGUGAAACACACUUCAUUCUUUUUCUUGUUCUCAAUGGGAUAAAGCUGAACAUGACAUGUUUAUGCAUUUCUUUUUAUGUUUGCUUCUACUAUGUCUUUUCAUGGGAAGAAGUAGUGUUUAGUGUUCAUCUUAUUUCAAUUCCAGUAGAAGCAUUUACUGAGUGAAACAAUCGAGCGUGAAAUCACUAAUGUCUUACUUAUUGCACAUGCAUUUGUACUUACAUGGUUAUGUCAACAAUUUUAAGCAUUAUUGUCACAAGCAUUUCCAAAAUUCGCUGUUUUUUAUAUUCAGUUCAUGAUUAAGAUCUGUAAAAUAUUUAUUUGUAAUCAUUACAACUAUUUAUAUUUUCUAAUACAGCUUUAAUUCCAAGAAGUGCAAUUUUAUUCGAUAGUGAAGUUAGGUGAUACACCAUUCUUUUUCGAAUAUUUAAUUUCCAUGUAAUGGACUUUAUAUAUUUCCAUUUUGAUUUUCCUAAGUUGAUUGUUAUUUUUUCCUUUAUGAUUCCGCACCUUCAUAAAUAUGCAUAAGUCCUUUUUUGCAACACUAGUCUAAGACCACAGGAUAUAUGAGACCGUAGUACUGAUUUCCAAUUUUUUUUAUUGCUGUUAUUUAGCUGGAGAACUCUAUAUGUAUAAAAUGCUAAAUGUUCCUAGUAUAACAGUGCCUGUUGUGAUACUAGAUUGUGACAGUGAUCUCCAAAUUUGUGUUCUCCGUAUAACAGCUAAAUUUCAAAUGUUUUUGUUUUACUGGAAAAAUUUCAAAAAUUUUGUUAAAGCAUUUCUAUUUAUUUAUGCCACUGUUUAAUACAAGGGUGAAUGACACUACCAGCUUGCUACAGGAAGUUGUAACCUUAAACAACUUACAUAUCUUUGACAUAUCUUUCAAUUCAAUCAGUGGUAUCAAUAUCAUGACAAAUGUAAGAAAUGUACAAUUUUCAAAACAGUUUUAAUUAUCUUUACCAAAAUUUUAUUAACUCUUAUGCCACUUCUUUUGUUAGGGGUUACCCAUAUGACCUUUACCUCCUCUAAGAAAAUCCUGUAUGUCUUAAUAAUUUAUGAAACUGCUCUAGCUACUUUACUGGGAAAUUUAUUAAUGGCUCUUUUCCUUUAUUUGAUUAAAAAUUUCUGAAUUUGGUUUUUGUUGAGACAUAAUGUAUAAAAUUUGUAUCAUCUAUCUGUACUUAAGUGUUUAAAAUAUCCUGUAGAGCAGCAACGACAUAUCUGCAAGUUCUUUUGUUUUUUGACUAUUAUGCAAAAAAUAAUUUAAAACUAUUUUAAGAAGGAAUUAAGUGUAAAUUGCUUUAGUAACUCAAUUUAACGUAGGUCUCAUGCAUUACAGAGAUGCUUAAUAUAUCUUAAAUGAGCAUUUUGUUUACAAAAUAAAUAUUUUGGAACUUUAGCAAUAAAUUUCCUAGGUUUACUGAAAUAGACCAAACAACUUAUCUGUCAGUACCAUCAUUACUUAACUCAUAGAGGUCCUGGUAUUUAUCAAAAAAUCUUACAAAAGGGAAUGCCAGCUGUGGGUAACAAGUAUACCUAAAUACGAACAUAUCUGUAAGAAAUACCUGCCACAAUUAUAUUGAUAAACCUAUUCGAUUUUAUUCCAUAUUAAGACAAUAGUUGUUUGCUCAGCGGAAGUGUUAUUAUUUUGACGAAUUAUUGUCCUGACAAGACGCAAUUCCUAAUAGAAAUAAUGUAGAAAUUGAGAAGAUGUACUUUUUUGAACCACAAGUUUCUGUUUUAGAGACAAAAUAGGAAUAUUUUCACACAAAUAAAAGAAUAAUAGCAGGUUACUCAGAACCUAGAUUAAGAGCAUGGAUAGAGGAAAGUUUAUGAAGAUUACCUAGUAAUGCUUCUUGAAUGGAUUACAGGUAGUGGACCAGUGCCACGGCUUAAAUGGCCUUCCCACAUAGCAUAAGUGUCUUUAAUUUUCUGGAACAUGAACUGGUCAUCAUACACAUCGCAUUAUCUCAUCACAUUUCUGCACCUAGCACCAGCCCUCCCUCUCAGUUUACUGUAAAUGUUUAGUGUCUGAUCCUUUUUCCCCAUUUCUUAUCCUUAAUCAAGCUUCAUUCUUCCUUAGUGACAGUUUUUCUUGCACACCAUACCACAUACGUCAUCCUCAGACUCUCUGUCUCAUAUGCCCUCUCUCUUUCUUUCUUAUGUCAUCUCAACUUCUUUAGCCUCUGCUUCCAACACAGUUACCCCAACAUCUAUAUACACCACCAUAAUUGUAUCCCUUUGCUUCUGUCAUUUUAUUCCAUCUUACGUCAUCUGUAAUGUGGCACUACCUCAGUAAUGCUCCCUUAUAAUGUUACAUGGCAAAACCUCAUAGAUGCCAUUCCUCCACUAUCCUUUAUCCAUGCAUCUACAUGAUGUUUGUCAUUUUUUUAUCCCUCAGCUCCUCUUCUCUAGCUGUUGUGAAGAAACUUGUGGUUAGAAUAUUAUUAUGUGUAAAAAUUUACUGAGAAAGUUUUGACUGGCUUAUAUUUUUUAUUUGAUUAAAAAUUUCUGUAUUAGAUUUUUAUUGCUCCAUAAUAUUUAUUUAAAAUAUGUUAUUGCAUUUUUCGACAUCUUUCUAGAAAGCAGUAUGAUGUAACACUGUGAUUCAUCAAAUUAGUGUGACUGAUUUUAUAGAGUUGACAUUUUUGAGGCAUUUUUCUUUGCAAUUAAGGAUAUUAUAUGUGAUGAUUAAUAUCAUAAGAUAAAAACAAUAUUUUUUUCUAUUCUAUAACGAUAUAGAAAUUUUAAAGUUGUUUUUUUGUCAUUCUCAUGAAGCAUCUCAGUUCUGCCAUUAUUUAGCAAUGUGGGGGGCAUCAUUUCAUACUUGAUUAUCUUCUGUAAGAUCAGUGCAGCAAAUGAGUCUCUGCAAGGAACUGCCUUAAGUUACCACAAAAAUAUGCCAAAACAGCUGUGCACAAAGAUUUUACUUCAUAAAUGUGGUAAGGGAAGUUCUGACAGAAUGUAAAUUCAGAAUUUAAAUUCACCAAAUAGCAGAAGUAUUGAGUCGUUGACAGGCAUAAUCAAAAGAGAAUGAAAACUUGCUAACAAUUUUAAUAAACUUUUUUGGAACAGCGAUCAAAAAAUUUUUUGAAAACUUGCUAGCUUGCAAAAGAAGUGCUAUGACAAGCUAGGGUACAAAAAGCCACUCACUCACACACAAACACACACACACACACACACACACACACACACACACACACACACACACACACACACACACACACACACACACACACACACACCUGUGCCCCUCCACAUUGUAUCAGCUAAACACACAAUGCUGAAGCUGCAGUUUGCAAAUGGACUGGAAGGGAGAGGGGUAGGGUGUGAAACAGGCAGAAAGCAAGAAGUGAGGUUGUAGAAGAGUAGCUAGUUGCUCAGAGAGAGGUAAAUGGUGUGCUGGAAAGGAAUGUGGAGGGAUAAGUGUCAGGUGUGUGGACUAUGCAUGUGACACACAGACACUGGAGUCAGUGAUUUGCAAUGAACAAUGAAGAUGAUGUGAAUGUGUGGGUUGCAAAGGGGUAACAGGACAGAAGAAAGAGAAGCUGUUGGGUAGAGGGCAUGGGACCACUGAGUUGGCAAAGAUUCAGGCCAGAGAGUUGUGGAAGCGAAAGAUGUUUUGCAGGACAACUCUCACCUACAUAGUUCAGCAAAGCUGGUGCUGGAGUGAAGGAUCCAGAUGAUGUAGUUUAUGAAGCAGCCACUGAGCUUGAAUUCAGUAUAUGCUUCAUAGCUCAUGUCAUCAGGAUCCUUCUCUCCAGCACCAGCUUUUCUAAACUAUGUAGAGUAGAGUUAUCAUUAUGAAACAUCCUUCUCUCUCAUAACCCACAUGAUCUCAGUCUCUGAUAACCCACUGUCCCCACACCCUCUAGCUAACAGUUAUCUCUUCCUCUGUUCUCUCAUCCAUUCCCAGUCCUUUGUUUCGUUUUCAAUGUGUACUGCAGAUCAUUGGCUACAGUACUCAUGUAUCAUAUCCCAAGUCUGUGCAUCCAUCCCUCUCUCCUGCAUUCAAAGCUGGCACAACUUCUGCCUCCCUCCAAGCUGCUAACAACCCACCCCUAACAUCUUAGCCUGGUUUUUGCCUCUUUCUCCCUCUACCUACCCCAGCUGACACAUUGCCCAUCCCACACUAGCCCACCUGCCAAUUUGCAAUCCUGGCAUUGUGCAUCUAGCAUUCUGUCAAAUGAUUUCUUCCAAAACUAGCAAGUUCUCAUUGCCUUUUGUGUGUGACUAUCACUGACUCAACAAUUCUCUUAUUUUUCCUUUACUUCUAAACGAUUUUAUUUUUCUUUUUUUCACAUGUUUACCAAUAAUUUAAUGCAUGCAAGAUAUGUUCAUAUGCAAAGUUACCACUUGGUUGUUUUUGCAUUGAAUGUAUCUCCAUAGACAGGCUGCUGUUUUAGUUUCCCUUAGUUUUUGAACUAUUCUGUAUUUCAAAAAGAAAGGCUGUUUCUGUCCUACAAACUUGAGUACUAGCAUUAAUUUAGUGAAAAGUAUUUUACAUAUCAUUAGAAAUAUUUGGGCUAUCAAAUAAACGUAACACAUGGGAAGGUAUGAGUAUAUUCGUAGUCUCAUAUUAUGCCAUAUCUAUUACUGAUGUGGUUUCCUGCGUAUUCCUUCAUUUUGGUUCUGAUAACUUGAGGGUAUACAGUUUCCCAGUACAGAAGGAACAAGAUUACAGUUUAGGAAUAAAAAAUUACCUUGUAACAAGGACUGAUAAAGUUAAGGAACAGUUCAUUUAUGACUAUAAUUAAAAUUCUAGAAUUGAUGAGCUUUUUUACCUGCUAAUUAAACAAGGCUUACAUGUUCCAACAUUACAUGAAUUUCAUCACUGUUUGAUUAGAGGAUGAUUGUGUAUGAAUAGUAGAUGGACUGGACUCAGCACUUGGAUGUUUAGCCACACCAUUAUGUUAUUCUGUACAUGUGGUUAAUAAUAGUUUAUAUUUUCUUAUUGAUCUGUCAAAGCAUAUGUCAUACAUAUAUUUUCGUAAGCCACAUGAUAUAGAUUUAUAAAAGAGCUCAAAACUGGUUAUUUCUACAUUGUUGUAUCUGCAUUUAAAUGAAUGAAUGUUACUGUUUAGAGUCAUUGUGCUGUUACAAAAUAUAGCACCUGUUGUUGCCAGAAUGAUGUAGUUUUUAAAUACUUCAUUUGAAUUGAGAAAUAUACUCUGUUUUUAGGAUUUAAUGUUGGUAAUUUUGAAUUAAGUUUGCAGCUACAGGGUUUAAGCUAUAACACUUACUUUCCAAGUAACUAAGUUGCAACUUUCUUAUAAAAUUUAACUUAAUGAUAUGAGGAUAACAGUGUGUAUCACUGCUUAUGAGAAUAUGCUCAAAUUUUUAUAGACAAAUGUUGUGGAACAACUUUUGCUGUUAAUGUUCCUGUAUUUAAAACAGACACACCGAUGAAUGGAGAUUAAUAAAAUUUUCCUAU